AUGAACAAUUAUGCAUUUGUAGCCGCUUAUUUAUCUAACAUUAUGGAUAUACCAAUAAUUACUUAUGAUGAUUAUUUAUCACAAAAAAAUAGCAAUCCUAACCAAUUUUAUCAAUCCUUUGAUUACAAUUCACUUCAUGAAGCAUAUCUGGUCAAAGGUGUUGAAAUUUCUGAUGGUGAUGUGGAAUUAGUCUUUGGAAAUUCUGGGGAGAAUAUCAGAAAUAUUUUCAUCAAAAAGUUAUCUGGGGGGUCUUUAAUAAUUAAAAAUCUAAAUGAGAAUACUACCGUAAACCAAUUGAAAAAUAAAAUUUAUGAACUUGAAGGAAUUCCACCGAAUGAGCAAUGUUUAAUUUAUAACCUUAAGGACAUCGAACGUUGA